AUGUUUUUCCCCUACUUUGAGCGAGUACAAAUACGAAUCUCGUAUCGUUAUGAGCGAUUUGUCGUACCAGAAGGCGUAAAAAAGGUUUCGUAUGAGAGGGAUACGAAGAUAAUGAAUGCAGCUACAUUUACUGUUGAAAGAGAAGACCACACUAUUGGCAACAUUGUUCGCAUGAGCUUUCCACCCAGGUAUUUUUCUUAUAUUCUUGAAUGUCUGUUCUUUGGAUACAAGUUGCCUCAUCCUCUUCAGUACAAAAUCUUGCUUAGGAUUCAAACAACAAGCCAGUCCUCACCUAUGCAGGCAUAUAACCAGGCUAUAAAUGAUCUUGAUAAGGAACUUGAUCAUUUGAAGAAUCAGUUCGAGACUGAGUUGGCCAAGCACACGAGGGACUACUAAUCCAGCAACAGUGAUAUUUGGUUCUCAACAACCGGUGCCUAAAAUUUCCUGGUUCGGUGUAGGCUAGGAGUUUGGUUUGUUCAAAUCUUGGUACGUAUGUAAAUGUUGUUUGUAUGUUUGUUCAACCGGCAACUACGGUUUUUGAUACUUUGAGGUCUGCUAUAUGCCUCAAGUUUAGGUUCAGAAAAUGCUUGUGCAGGUUUAAAC